AACUCGAGAGGAAUAAUCCAAACAUUAUCUAGUCGAUCCUUCUCAAGGCCGAACAGCGGAGGCUUCCUCUCUUUCAGCUCAGCAACAGGCAGAUCAAACAUGGCUUCUUCUUCUUCAUCAAAUGAGGUGGAGAUUCGGGAGGCGAAUUACGAAGCCAAAAUGGUCUCCAACUUUUUACUUGCUUCGACAUUUCCUCAAACACCUUUCUCUCCCCCACGUGUUCGACAUUUGAAACCCAAUCUCGUUUCAACACCCCCCGAUAUCAUCCAGGUGCUACACAGUUCGCUGUUAUCAUCCGCUGAUCGGUGUUUCAAGACUUUAAACACAAUCAUUUCUGCAAAUCCUUUUCUUCAGAAUCUCUUCUCUUUACCUACCAAUUUUUGCAACUUCUUCCAGAUUCAUUGCAGAAAUUCCAGGAGUCUCAAUACCUUGUACAACCACAACUUUGCUGCCAUUUUACCUGGUGAUUCARUGGCGGGGAUUSUGGUGUCAAAUGGAAUUUUGAACUUCUUGAACAUCUAUAACACUCUGCUGAUUGUCCGGCUUGUUUUGACCUGGUUUCCCAACACUCCUCCGGCCAUUGUUAGCCCUCUCAGCACUUUGUGUGAUCCUUACUUGAACAUAUUCCGAGGGAUUAUUCCACCUCUUGGAGGGACACUGGAUCUCUCUCCUAUUCUAGCCUUUCUAGUUUUAAAUGCCUUCACCAGCACUGCCGCUGCUCUUCCUGCUGAAUUGCCCAUUACAGGAGCAUCUGAAGUAGGCCAAUCUUCAUCUAAAUCAAGGUUUUUUAGUCCCACUACAGCACAAAGGAAAUGGUUAAGAAGGGUUUACGGCAAUGGAUCAAAGAACUCUGGAGGGUCUUAGUUAAUUCCUUCACUUUAAAGAGUGCUUUGUUUCUUGAUUUUCUCUGUGAAAUCCAUGACUUGUAGACAUGAAAAAGUUAUGGAUGCUCUGUGUAUUCUCAUUGUCAUUAAAGUUAGUUAGAAACUUAGAAUCUCUUUAAUUACCUUGUUUUUUUAUCCUUCUUUAUGACCUACCAGUGGCAGAACUGUAUAUCAUGUCCUUCAGAUACAUCACGCUGUCAAAUGGGAAGUUUUGACUAUUUAUCAAUGCUUUGAAAAGCAAAUUGGGCACUAAA